AUAUCUAUUUCAUUAUUCCAAUUCAUCUACUAUUACUAGAAAGAUAGCUACUGCUGCUUAAUUAAUGGCGUCCAUUGUUAGCUUCUCCGGUGGUGUUGGUCUCCUGUACGGCGGCGGAUCCACGCCGGAAUUGGUGAAGUCCGGCAGAGCCAGUUCUCGGGUGGUGGUGAGAGCUGAAUUGGGUGGUUCUGGUUCAAAUGUAAACCUUUCUGUCAGGAAGGAGGAAUCUCAAGUCACUGAUACUGUUCUUGUUGCUGAUCUUGCCAAACCAAACACUGCCUACUGCAGGUGUUGGAGGUCGAAGACAUUUCCUUUGUGUGAUGGGAGCCAUGUAAAACACAACAAAGAAACUGGAGACAAUGUUGGCCCUUUGCUUCUCAAGAAGUAAUUCAUUAAUUCAUGCUUUUUAUCACAUGUAAUAAUAAUAAUAACAAGGCAUGCCAUACAUACAUUGCAAAAUCAACCCAUUAAUAAAUUCAUUAUAUGUUACUAUUA